AUGGAUAGAGUGGAGGAUGCAAAGAAGCUGAGUCCAAAGUGUCUGGAGAAUAUGAAUGCCUUCCAAAUACCGCAGAACAUUAGAGAAUUUUGCCUGGAUGCUGUAAAUCUGGAGCAUGAAAUUUCUUCGGUGUCAUUCAGAGUUAAGAAGACUAUUAAAGAAUCAUCAUCAUCGGCGACGCCACCAUCAUCAUCAUCAGCACCGCCAUCGUCAUCAUCAUCAUCAUCAUCGCUGUCAUCACUAUCAUCAUCGUCGUCACCGGUGGAUAGAUCGAUUAUAGAGAGGAGGAUAGAUUCCUUAUAUAGUGUUGUUGAGACGACAGUUAAAACUUUCAAAUCGUUGAACGAACGUCUGGGGGUGAUCGAGUCGAAAGUUACAUCCCUACCGCCCCUAACUGUCAAAUCCACCGGACUGUCUUCUCUCAGGGCACCUUGUUCUCUCAAGUAUCAAGAUAAAUACAAAUGCCCCAACCUUCCCGACCAAUCAAACGGCCCGAAAACAUCGAAAGAUCUAAAAAUACUCCGCAAACUGAUUCUAAGACUCGAGUACGACUACGCCAAACCAACAGCAGCCUUGACCUCUGACAAGGUCAAGGGUACCCCUGGCAAGGUCAAGGGCACUGGGGACGAUGAUGAGGAUGGUGACAACUACGUCAUACAUGAAGAAGAUGUUCAGAUGGUUUCCAAGUUGAGUCGGGCUUACAGAGGAUAUUUGACUUUUGAGAAAAUGUUCAAAGCAUUCCGAAGCAAAUCAGAUGAUGGUAAAAAGUCGAGACCCAUAUGCAUUUUUGACAGACUUGCUGAGUUCAAGUCACAGAUCUCUCUGGACGAGGCCAUACAGUACGGAAUCCUGGAUGUCAACCAUGGACUGUACGUGGAUCCCAUGACGAAAGCAACUAGGCCUAUCCCGACGGCCAUGAGUGAAGGGUUGAUCAGGGUGGAGGCCGUCACAGAGACCGCAUCGAAGCCAAAAGUUGAGGAGCUGGGGAUGAUCACUGUGAAGUCGCUGGUCGGCGAGGAUACGACUAAAGAGUACCGACUGCUAGGUGCCAUCGACCCACUGACCGCUGAAAGACUGACCGUCGAAGAAGCCACCAAGAGAGGGUGGCUGAGAAAGGAGAAGUUCAAAAUCGGAGAUGACGAUGAAAUCCCGAUUGAAGAGGCGGUUGAGGUCGGCUGGAUACAAGCUGAGAUUGUCCGGAAGCAAAACGCCGACUCGCUUGACGCGAACGAAUACGAAACUCGAAACUAUUUGGUCCGAGCUGUUGUCGAUACUCAGAGUAAGAAGACCAUCACUUUUUCGGAGGCGGUUCAACUCGGAAUCAUCGACAUCGACCACGGUUGUUUUGUUGACUCGCGUGGGGGGGAGAGGGUCUCCAUUGGGGAGGCCCUCAAGAGAGGAUUUAUAAAGGGCAGGCUGGUUGAUGAGGGGGAGGACCAAAGCGUUCUCACCCUGAGCCCUGCCAACAUUGUGGUCGCUAGAAAUCUUGGAAAGUUGAAGAAUGUUGUCGGAGCGAUUAAUGCCCUUGCCAAGAAUAAAGUUUCAAACAUCUAUGCAGCUGAUACGAAGGGUGACGUCAGAUGUGACGAAGACAGCAGCAACAGCAACAACAAUAAUAAUAAUAGUAAUAAUAACAAUAAUAACAAUAACAUUACUAAAGACAGCAUAAAUGUAAAAGAUGAUUCAGCCAAGAAGCUGUCCCAAGCAAUGCUCGAAACGAAAUCCGACUCUGAGGAAAAAACUUCUGUAGUUGAUACUGCUACCUCAGCUACUACCCCUAUUACUACUGCCGCUAGUACUACUACUGCGACCAGUGCUACUACUGCUUUUGCUGUUGUGGCUAGUGCAGUCGCUACUCGUAUUACGGUAACAAGUACCACUGUCAAUACCUCAACAUCUGCUACUGCAACCUCUAGUACUGCUACUGCAACUACAAGUUCUGCUGCUGCUACUACUAAUAAUAUGAAUACUUCUACGAGUAGUAACAACAACAACAGCAACAGCAGUUACAACAACAACAACAGCAACACAGUUUCAUUGGCAGAAGUUUCUAAAGACGGUGACAAAAAUGUCGAGAAUGUUGAAUGUUCUACUAAAGCCCAAAAAGUUACUGGCUUUUUUAAAUCAAAGAAGAAAUCGGAUAGAAAGAAGAAGUGAAUCAAUUCAUAAAUGGAUGAAUGGAUGGAUGGAUGAAUGAAUAAAGUAAAUUGUGAAUGAAUGAAUGAGUGAGAGAUAGUCUAACAAGUAUAAUAAAUGUUAUUCAUAAGGGAAAUCAAUAUAAACGUUUAAAGCAUUUGCGUAAAAAUGUGCAAAUGUGAAAUUAAUAACUAUUGAUCGUUUGACUGAUUGAAUGAGUGAAUAAAUGAAUGAAAUAACGAUUAACUGACUGAACAAAUGAACGAAUGAACGACGAAUCAACCGCCGCAAAUAUAUUUUUUAUCUUUCAAAUCCUCUUUGAUAUAUUAAUGCCAUUACAAAGUGUCUUAGAUUAGAUCUAUGUAAUAUAUACAAGAUAGAUAGAUAAUUAUUCAUAGAUAUGGACAGAUUUCUAUACACAGUUUAUAGUGCAAUUAUGUAUUUGCUUCAAAAUUUUGUUUUAAUUUGUACAACUUUUUUCGUCUGCCUAAUAACUAACCUUAUAUCC